GAGCGGUUGUGCAAAUCGCCCGAGGUCGCCCGCCCUGCUUGGGUGGCCCCGCUCUCGGGAAACAGGUCCAAUAGGAAGGUGACCCGCAGACCCGGCGGGAACCCUGAGGUGCCCCGGGCUCUUCACAGCGGAGGCCGUGGUUCCAGCCGGGACGCAGCCUCGCAGCCUGCAGCCCCGGGGUCUGAGCAGUGACUGCGCCCCCGGCCAGGGGAAGUGGCGGGGCCUUAGUCACCUGGGCUCCUCCCAGGCUCGCCUGGGGACCCCCGAGAGAGCUGCGGGCGGCCUCAGGGACGCGAUGGGAGGUCCUGGGAGGCCCGGGGGUGGGGGUGACCUGCGUCCCCGGCGCGCUCCCCGCCCUCCCGCCUCAGAGCUUCCUUCGGCCACCUCUGGCUCUUAAAAACUGCAGGCUGCGCCGCCUCCUCCCCGAGGGAGCAAGAUCCAGCAGGCCGGGCCGGGCGUGCCCUCGCCUGCCCGCCGCGCCGCGCGGGCCUCGCAGUGUCGCUGCGGCCGCCUGGGCGGCCCCCGCCGGGGUCUCGGCCGCAAGCGUGCACGUGCGCGGCCCAGGCCGGGCGCAGCAGGCCGGGACAGGAGUUAAGAUGCUGAAUUUAAUGUCUGGGCACCAGAAACCCUGCAGAGUUUUUGAAGAAGAGGCUCUAAGGAAAAGCAAAAACAAAAACUGUCCUGCUCUGCAGGGUCGGCUGGCGCAUCCCCCUCCUCCUUCCAUCUGAUCUGGGGCUGCCUCUUCUGCCGCAGACUCCGCCUGCACCACAAUGCUCUCCGGUGACUUCGCGGCUGCGUCCUGGGAGCUCGUGGUCCGAGUUGACCACCCAACCACGGAGGAGCAAAGGGACGUCACACUGAGGGUGUCCGGGGACCUGCACGUGGGCGGCGUGAUGCUCAAACUGGUGGAAGAGAUCAACGUGGCCCAGGACUGGUCUGAUUUCGCUCUGUGGUGGGAGCAGAAGCGUUGCUGGCUCCUGAAAACCCACUGGACCCUGGACAAGUAUGGGGUGCAAGCCGACGCCAGGCUCCUCUUCACCCCGCAGCACAAGAUGCUACGCCUUCGCCUGCCCAACCUGAAGACCGUGCGGCUGCGCGUCAGCUUCUCGGCCGUGGUGUUCCGAGCUGUGGGCGACAUCUGCAGGGCCCUGAAUAUUAGAAGAUCGGAAGAACUUUCCUUGUUAAAGCCUUCUGGUGACUGUUUUAAGAAGAAAAAGAAGAAAGACAAAAAUAAUAAGGAGCCUGUUAUUGAAGAUAUUCUGAACCUAGAGAGCUCCCCGACAAGCUCGGGUUCCCCGGGAAGUGCUGGCUUAUACAGCAAGACCAUGACUCCCACAUACGACCCCAUCACCGGAACACCAGUGUCGUCCACCGUGACGUGGUUCAGUGACAGUCCCUUGACCGGACAAAGCUGCAGUGUCCUCGCCUUCAGCCAGCCUCCCCAGUCCCCAGAAGCGCUGGCUGAUAUGUUCCAGCCCCGGUCCUUGCUGGAUAAAGCCAAGCUCAACGCAGGCUGGCUGGAUUCCUCCCGCUCCCUCAUGGAACAAGGCAUCCAAGAGGAUGAGCAGCUGCUGCUACGAUUCAAAUACUACAGUUUCUUUGACUUGAAUCCUAAAUACGAUGCUGUCAGAAUAAACCAGCUCUACGAACAAGCCAGGUGGGCUGUGCUCUUGGAAGAAAUUGACUGCACAGAGGAAGAAAUGUUGAUCUUCGCGGCACUCCAGUAUCACAUCAGCAAGCUGUCACUGUCCAAUGAAACCCAGGAUUUUACCAACGAGUCUGAGGUUGACGAAGUGGAAGCCGCACUUUCUAAUUUAGAGGUGACCCUCGAAGGUGGAAGAGCAGACAGCACUUUGGAGGACAUUACUGAUAUCCCUAAACUUUCGGAUCAUCUCAAAUUAUUUAGGCCUAAGAAGCUGAUAUUAAAAGCUUUCAAACAAUAUUGGUUCGUCUUUAAGGACACAUCCAUAGCCUACUUUAAAAAUAAGGAACUUGAACAAGGAGAGCCAGUAGAAAAACUCAACCUCAAAGGCUGUGAAGUCGUCCCAGAUGUGAAUGUAGCGGGGAGGAAGUUCGGAAUCAAGUUACUGAUCCCUAUCGCUGAUGGCAUGAAUGAAGUAUACUUGAGGUGUGAUCAUGAGAAUCAGUAUGCCCGGUGGAUGGCUGCCUGCAUCUUGGCGUCAAAGGGCAAAACCAUGGCAGACAGCUCCUACCAGCCCGAGGUCCUCAACAUCCUUUCAUUUCUGAGGAUGAAAAACCGGAACUCGUCCUCAGAAGUGGCUUCCAGUCUCCAAAGCAUGGACAUGAACCCAGAGUGUUUUGUGUCCCCUCGAUGUGCAAAAAAGCACAAGUCUAAACAGCUGGCAGCCCGGAUCCUGGAAGCCCACCAGAACGUGGCCCAGAUGUCCCUUGUUGAAGCCAAGCUGCGCUUCAUUCAGGCCUGGCAGUCUCUGCCGGAGUUCGGCCUCACCUACUACCUCGUCAGAUUUAAAGGAAUCAAGAAAGAUGACAUUCUGGGAGUUUCAUAUAAUAGGUUGAUCAGAAUCGAUGCAGCCACUGGGAUUCCAAUCACAACGUGGAGAUUCACCAAUAUGAAGCAGUGGAAUGUCAACUGGGAGAUCCGGCAGGUGGCCAUCGAGUUUGACCAGAACGUCUCCAUCGCGUUCACCUGCCUGAGCGCGGACUGCAAGGUGGUGCACGAGUGCAUCGGGGGCUACAUUUUCCUGUCCACCCGCUCCAAGGACCAGAAUGAAACGCUCGACGAGGACCUGUUUCACAAACUGACUGGUGGUCAGGACUGAGGCGAAGCGGGCGGGCCCGGCCUCGUCCUCCCUGGGAAAAUGGGGUGUGUGGAGCGGGUAGACCUGGCCAGUGUGUGCUGGGACUAAAGGACUCCAGAUCCUCACCUCAUUCCAGUGCAUCUCUGUCCUGACCUCGCCCAUGCCAGCACCGUGCAGCGGCCUCGGCUGUCUCCUCUGGACAGUGGGUGGUGAGAAGAGGGGGCCGUCGGGCUGCCCCAAGGCCCAGUGUGGGGCCGCAGUUCCGCCGGGCGUUCACUGCAGGCUGCCUCAUUGCUCAGUCAGCUAAAGACGGGAGACAGAAACCAGGAAAGUAAGUACACAGCCUCGGCCCCAAACUCGGGUUGAAGAGAAACCGGUCUUCCCUCGCCGACGCAAAUGUCAGCGCCGCCCGUCUCCACACCUUCUCCGGGGAGAUCUAGGCGGUGAGGGCGGGGUGGGGUUAUUGGUACCAGUUGGCACCAGAGGUCGGAGAAGUGGUCUUCAGCAUCACCCUUUGCUUACGGUGACAUCUGCCGAGGUGACCAUCUGGUCUUGGUCGCUGCUGCUCUUCUGUUAUUGCUGUCACCCGGAGCCCACCUUCUACUCCUGGGCGGCCCGGUGACACAUUAAAGGCCUUCUUGAAGGCACGAGUGACAGCGGGUGCAAGGACACUCACUCCUCAACCCAGAUCCACAUCUCCACUGCUUCUGCUCAGGCUGGGGCUUGGGAAGUCAGGCACAGUUCUUUGUUUAUGAAAACCACCUCCCGGCAAUUGCCAAGGGGUCCAGUCAGGGCUUCAUCCAGCUGGUGAAGGAGCAAGGCAGAGCUCUCUGCAGAGAGCACCAUGUUCAUGGUCUGCAUGGUAGGGAGGACUCGUGGGAACCCAUGUCCUCCUGGCCUUGUCCCUCAAGGUUUUUGGGUUUUCGCUGGGCGUAACGGUGCACGCUUAUAAUCCUAGCCCUCGGGAGGCUGAGGCAGGAGGAUCAUUGCAAGUUCAAAACCAGCCUGGGCUACAAAGUGAGUCAAGGCCAGCCUGGACCGCAUAGCAAGACCCUGCCUCAAAAAGACAAAAAAAGGGUGGGGGAGGUUUGACUUUUCUAAAACACAAGCGAGGGCCAGACCUUCUCCUCCGCUUCCCUCUGUGUCAUCCACCUUAAAUCUUGAGCAUGCACCUGCCUGAAGCAUCACUCUCCAUUUUGGUUUGUUCACAGUGGGAAGAGUGGGUGUGAAUAAGGUAAAAAGCAAUACUAAAAGUAAAGGGAAAUUGCUUGUUUUAUGAAACAUUCUUCUGCUGCCCCAAGAACCUGCAUUGAAAAGUGAAGCCAAGAGCUCCAAUUCCAUUUCCAGUUCUCUUCAAUUGUACCCCACAGGGGCCGGGCCAGGGCCCCGACGCCCUCCAGCCUUAGCUGUGAAAAGCAGAAUCUUAGCAAGUGUGGGAGCCACAUAGCCUCAGCCCCGGGGGAGCCCCGGCCCCGAGCCGGAAGCUGCCCUCGGAAUUCUCUGCUUAGACACAGCUGCUCCUGGAGCUCCCAGGAACCAGCUGAAUUUCUGUGACCUGGAUCGAAGCUCAGACAUGAUUUUAGGCAUGGAAAAUCUGGUUCCUAUCAGACAGAACCCUGUGCUAGGCAUACUGGUGUUGGUCAUUGCUCUGUAGCCCAGAGCUCUAUAGUCUGCACCCAGACAGGUCUUCAGAGUCUCACUGUGCAGUCCAGGCUGGCCUUGAACUCACUUAUGUAGCCCAGGCUGACCUCAAAUUCUCAAUCCUCCUGCCUCAGCCUCCCAAGUGCUGGGAUUACAGGCAUGCACUACCAUGCCCAGCCUAGACAGGUCUUUAAGGUCAUAAUGGACUCCUUAAAAUGGUGCGUCUCUUAUUGCAUGCCACCUGUUUGUUGCCAACAAGAGCCACACCUGCUGUCCCAUUGCUGGCCAAGUCCCUUCCCCUCCCUUAGCGGGUCAGGAUGGAAUGACAUUGCCAGGAAAGCUCUCCCUGGAAUUGACUGGUUUGAACCAGGCUUUCUGUUGGCUAAUGCUUUCAGGAGAGCGCUUCUGCAAUUACACAGAAACGUCCCAAAGGAAUGGAUACAUGGGGCAAGAUGACCUUAAACGCCACUGUUCGGAGUCCACCCCAAAGACUUUUUCCUCCUACACUGGGUACAAAAGGUCACCUGACUUCCUAUGAUGAAAUUUUAAAUUAAUGUGUGCCUUUUAGUACUGCUUGCUGUCUCAGUCAACCCCAGAUGCCGUGACCCCCAUUUUUUACUAUUGUGUAUGACUUUUCCAAGUAAAAGGUUUCCAUGGAUGUGAAUACAGUCCAGUCUGUACCCUGUC